UUAAAACUCAUAUCUUCAACCGUUACUUUAUCGUGAUUUUACCGAACUACUUAAUAUUUUCUCGUACUGCUGUAGUGUACUUUAUUGAUCAUUGCUCACAACGUUUACAGGGACACAUUUGGUUCGUUAGAUCUGAUCAGCGUUCAGGUUAUCUUAUCCAUCGACUUGCUCCUGUAUUUUAGCUUUGCUACACUGGUAGCUAGCUGAUACACCAAAAUGGCGGACAACGAAGAUGAGAACAAACUGACAAACACACUAACAGUGGUGGGCGACAGCUCCGGGACCAUCACACAGAUUGCCUGUGCUUCUGGCUCAGCAUCGAAAGAUGACAUUUCCGCCGUGCAAGGGGACGAAUUGAUGAACCAGAACCCAACUGGAGAGAAGAUCGCCGAAACGUCCGCCACUGAAAUAACGGUGACAGAUUUCCUUCAGAGUUGUGUGUCCAAACCAGAGUGCCAAGUGGUUUCCCAGAUGGUGGCCGGUGAGCAGGUUGAACAGAAUAUUUUCAUUGGCACUUCAGCUGGCACGGAGUACACCACCAUUAGUGCUGACGUAGUGAACGCUCUGUCACCCAACACCACCAUCAUUUACCUUCAGCCGGACGGCAGUUUGGUAGAGGGUUCAGGUCUGACGACAGAGGAGCACCAGGCUCUGGUUGAGCAGUUGACAAAACAACAGAUCGUCCAAGUCUCUGAAACCGAGGCCGCUCGUCUGUUCGAGCAAAACCAGGUCGUCAAAUCCAUCCCGGCCACCACGACCCAGUUUGUCCCCAAUGCAGCGCUGGCCCCAAACGAACUGCAGCAAGUUAUAGAUCAGGUCACUAAAUCCCAGCAACAGCAGCAAGCAUGCACCAUGCAAGUCCCCCCGCAGAGCCAAGCAGCGCUUAAAGCAGCGGAGCCCCAGGUGUUGACCACAGUGGAUGAAAGCAGUUUAUACACGCUGAACAGCAGCCACGCCGAAGUGACAGCGAGUCCCAAGGCUCAGAAUAAUGCAUCACAACAGCUGAAGAACGUGGCCAAGCAGGUGGCCCUGCAGUCCAGCGGCACUGUCCGGGUGCUCCCUAAGAAGUCUGAGCCAAUCAGGAUCCAGCUUCAAGUUUCCCCAAAGCAUGAAGUGAAGCCUGUGGCAACCAUCACUCUUCCCCAGCAGAAAAGCCUGGCUGUCAGUCAGCCACAGGUCAAAGUCUCAGCCAAUGGUAACAUUAGCAGCUCCCAGAUCAUUCACAUCCAGCCAAUAGGCCAGCAGGGCCAACAAUUCUUUCUGCAGCAGAACCCUGGAGAACCACCCAUCCGGCUUCUUCUCCAGAGCCCCGCCCCCAUGGUGGGUUCACUGGUUCCUGUUGUCCAAAAACUAACCGGCCAGCAAACUGCAACUGUAACUGUUCCACUCCAGAAACUAACAGGUCAGCAAACUGCAACUACCAUGGCUGUUCCACUCCAGAAACUAACACCCCAGCAAAAUUCUGCCAGUGCCAGUUCUGCGCCACUCCAAAAGCCUCGUCUCCAGACUCCUGUUGUCAUUAAGAGUCCGCCCACCUCCACUGUCAAAACCAUUACUGUUCCCUUGGUCAAGUCCCCGGUUACCUGCCCACCCAUUGUCACUGGUAAAAAUCCUGUAAAACCUCCUGCUGCGCCUACAAUUAAAAGCACUGCUGUUAGCACCACCACAACCAGCAUGGCCACCCAGUCCAGAGCUGAAGAGAAAGGAAAAGAGAAGGAAAAGAAAACAAAAUCAAGAGAAAGGAAGCCUGUAAAAGUUCAGACACGGUCAGGGCGAGUGUCGCGUCCUCCCAAGUACAAAGCAAGAGACUAUAAGUUCAUCAAGAAUGAGGACCUGGCAGAGAGCCACCAGUCAGACUCUGAUGACUACUCUGAGAUGAGUGUUGAGGAAGAUGAGGGACAGGAAGGUAAGAAGGAGGGAGCUUCAUCUUCCUCAUCCUCCACCAUGACUCUCCCCCUCAAGUCGCGGGCAUUCCAGUGUCAAAGCUGUGAGAAGGCAUACAUUGGCCAUGGCGGGCUGAACCGACACUAUAAAUUGAACCCAACACACGGACAGCCCAACCCCCUCCACACACAGAGCACUCAGGAACCCCCACAGAAGGACAGGGAGCUCCCGGACAAGAACACAGAUGGGGGCACAGGCACCGCAGUAAAGGGAGAAGAGAAACCAACCAUCGGUCCUAAGAAGGAAAUGGACAACACGACUUCAACUGUCUCUCCACUCAAAAGCGAAGGUGGUCCAGCGUCAGCUGUUGGGCUGAGGGGCCUCCAGCAUAGAGGCCCUGGGAGGCCAAGGGGCCGGGGGAGAGGAAGAGGUCGGGGGCGAGGCCGGGGCCGACCUGUGGUACCCCCUACUAAGGUGAUAGUAGGCCACCUGAGCAGACGGGGCCGUCGUGGCAGACCUCCUAAGCUAGGGGGAGCCAGAGGCACAGCAGAGCAGCAGGCAGAGAGAAGAAGAGAGCGACUCCAAGAGCUGGUGGGGCAGUGUGAGGAUGAGGAGCUGAUGGAGGUGGUGCUUCCUCGAUUAGCAAAGGCCCUCACUCUAUGGGAGCUGCUACUGGCCAAGGUGGAAAAGGGAGGAUCUACCAAGGCCCAGUUUCCAGACAUGUAUCGUGAGUUUGAGUCGUUGCAGGGCCAGGUGAGGAAGAUGGCCAAUGAGUACAUGUCCAACCCACAGGGCAUCCACUCCUCCUUGGAGGUUCAAAAUAUAGAGGUUGCCAGAUCACUGGGGAUCUUUGAUGAAGUGAAUAAGCUGAAAGUGGUUCCUGGUUCUCCUCAGAGCUCAGCCAACAUGGCAACCAAGAAUGUGCGCUACAUGGAGAAUUCCAAGAUGUUGCCACCGUCAAAGAGGUUUAAGAUGGAAAACAGUGUUCCCAUCCAGCAGAACGGAAUAGAGCCCUCUAACAAAACUGGAAGUUUAAUGAUGCAGUCCACUGCUGUGGCUCCUACCCUGAAGUCCUGUUCUGUCUCGGUUUCCCCUCUUGUUGUUCCAGCUGGAUCAAGACUGCUUGCCACCACAGCCUCCUCUUCCCCCAGCUCCUCUGACCUCACCCCCACCAAGACCUCCCAGAACCCUGCUCCCACAACCCCUCCACUAUCCACCAUGACACCUCUGGAACAGAUGCAGGACCAGCUUUCCAAUUGCCAAAACCAAACACCAUCUAGAGCACCAUUUGGAGAAGCGGAAUCAAUGGAAACCAGUGCUAUGGAAGACUCACCCCAGACUAGGCAGGGAGGCACCAUACAACUCCUUGGUGCAGCGGACCAAGUACUGAGCACAAGGGAUAUUGCAGCCCAGAUGAAAGAACUUGAGAAGGCUUUGGGUUCAAGUCCAGAGCUUUUAGCAGGGAAAGAAGAGCCUGAAGGAGGCACUGUAGCAUCAACACAGGAGGAGCAGGCUCUACCACCAGCUCCUCAGUCUACAGCCCCCAUCACCACCACCACCAGCCAUACACAACCAACCUCCUGUCUACCCCAACAGAAUGUAACUUUCCAACCCCCAACUAUCAGUACAGAGGCCUCAAAUUCCAAACAGCUCCAGGAGGGCCAGGAGAUCUACAUUCAGACUGAGGGCCUGACCCUGCAGCAGGUUGAUGGGACAGAAGGUUCUGAUCGGGUUGUGAUCGUAAAUGGGCCUGAUGGGACCACCAUGCACAUCCGAACCCCAGAGGGUGUUCCGCUAGAGGCUGUACAUGCUCUACUUGGGAUUGAGGCUUCAGAGGGCAGUAGAGCUCUACAGUGAUCUGUCUGCACAAUGUAUAUACUGAAGUAUAUACAAAAAGUGUAGUCAGUAGACACAGAAAAUGGCUGAUAAAAUGUUAUCUUGGGCUUAUUUGUUUCUAAUGGAGACUAAAGGCAAGAACACACACAGAUGCCAGUCGUUGCACGUCAAGAACAACGCUCCUCUUCUCUUCAGUAUACAAUCCCCACUCUGGUGGCAUCUAGCCUGCUGUCAGCACAUCUACUUAAUGUGACCACAACUGCUGAGAACACUUCUAUUCUCCAGCAUCGACGCUAAAGACUUAUAUUUGCCCAUUGUCAAGCAGUGCUAUCAACAUUGCUUUACAUGUUUGAAGCGGGUGGGCUGGCACUUGGUGUUUGGGUUAGGGUUACACAUAGCCUGUUAUGCACAUCAUGUGACUCAGUGCUCUGUUUCUAUGCUGGUGUUUUUUUGCCUUGAGGCACAGUGCCCACCGGAAAAAACUGACGCAGGUCUCAGAAUGACAAUGGUUUUCCACGAUUACCAUCAGGAUUUGGUCACUUUACUCAGGCUCCCAUUAGAACAGGAUCUGGUUUUCAGAGGAUUGGGAUUAGAUUGUAAAAUUCUGGUGUGACUAAAUCUCAAUCUGUGCAUCAAGGAUAUUACCUGAGUCUUGAGGGGAAUCCUAACUUGUUUUGUUGCAUCCUUCCUUUCCCUUUCUCUGGCCUGUCAUCAAGUAAAAGCCUGUACGGAGGCUCAUCCCCAGCGAACAAGUCAGAAGCAGUUUAAUUCAGUUGAGGAUACACAUUUACACUGUUGUCUCUUCCACAAGCCCUUAAAUGAACUGAACCGGUCCUUCAGACUACCUUUAGGAAGUGGAACAUGUUGCCUUAAACAUGGACGGAUUGAUGGACAACAAUGAAGGAGGGUUAAUGAAGUGAUCCUGUCGUAUUUCACCACCCCCUCACCUGCCUUCUGACAUGGAUUCUGAACCUGGUUUGGUUGUGGAAGCUCAAUGGUUUAGCAGAAACCAUGGAUGUUAGAUGAGGUUAGAGGUUAAAGGUCAAGUUUGCUGGCCCCAUUCCUUAUCUCAGUCUGUUUAUAUCUCACGAAAGUUAGCGGAAAAGGAGUGAACAUAAAGUAUCUGUCUUUCAAUACAUCACGGUCCUCCCCAGUGGUCAGAAGCUUCCCAACGUCAUCCUACAGCAUGAGCUGGAAGCCUCGUCCUAUGUAUCAUGUCAGCGUGGUGGAGUAGAGGUACACACUUUUAGGGUUACAAGGGUAGGGAACUCCAACACAUACCCAACUUCCCGUUAUGCUGUUGAUUGUCUUGGUGUUUUCUAAGGUUACCCCAGUAUUUGUACAUUUGUAAACAUUCUUUUUCAGUACGUUUUCAUAUUUCAGUAGAAGUAGCCCUUCCUUUCAGAGGUAAAAUGUGUGUAGUUGGUUGUUAUGUUUAUAUGUAGAUAAAUUAAAGUUUAAACGUUGCACUAUUUUAUUACUUUUUAUAUAAAAAAAACUGCAUAACAUUUUCCAAGCGAAAGCUAGGUUUGUACUACCGCGGGAGAUUUAUGCAAGAAUGGGAAAUUUAAAAAAAAAAAAAACCAAACCUGGAAGAAAUGAUUUUAUUUGUGAUUGCUGAUUACAAAAUGUAGUGAAGCUGUUUUUAACUGCUCUGUCCAGUUUAAAUCCAGUUCCUCCAAUAAAAUGCAGUGAAAGACUGA